CCGGUCCGCCUCCCAAUGAACAGCUCCUCCAGCGACAGCAGCGACGGCGAGCACGACGUCUACAAACUCCCUGCCGCCUCUGCCUGGGACACCGACGGCCCCACCUUUGUCCCCACUUCCUUCGACGCCUACUUUGCCCACGCAGCCGCUCGCUCCCAGACAUCCAACAACCGCUUCUCCAACGAAGUCCUCCCGCUUACCCAACAAGAGUAUGCCGACGCCCUUCGCUCACAGCUCAAGCGCGAGGCGGCUCAUCCACAAAGAACGGCCUGGGCCGGACCAGGCCCGCAUGCCCAACAGACCGCCCUAAGGCGCUUCGCACACGAACUUGACGAAGGGUUCAGCCUGCUCUUUUAUGGCGUCGGCUCGAAGCGCAACGUACUCAACAUGCUCGCGACGCAGGUCCUCUCGAAACGAGGACAUGUCGUUGUCAUCAACGCCUUUGCACCGCGUCUCGGCGUGCGCGACGUGCUUGACGCGAUCGAGCGCGUUCCCGGCCUCGCUGACGCGCCGUUCCCUCCUUCAAAUACAGGCAUGUCGGGUGCAGACGCGCAACUGGACCGCAUAGACGCGUUUUUUGCGCCGGAGAAUGGGCAAAAGCCACUCUAUCUCGUCGUGCACAACAUCGACUCCCCCGCGGCGCGUGCCCCGCGUGUACGUCCCGUCUUCGCACGUCUCGCACGGCACCCACGCAUCUACCUCGCAGCAAGCAUCGACCGGUCGACCGCUCCGCUUCUCUGGCCCGCGUCGGAAGCGCUCGCGCGCCCACCACAGACACUCUCCACUCUCCCCACCUCUCGGUCAUCCCCACAUCGUACAUCAUCACGCUCGUCAUCCACCUCAUCCUCCCAUACACCCUCCGCAUCGACCCGCCCACCUCCGCGCCCCGCAUACGCCUUCCUCUACCACGACCUAACCACCCUCGAGCCAUACGACCACGAGCUUGCCCCCGCCGAUCGCUCCUCCCUUGCAGGCGCAUCCGCCCUCUCCUCCGGCGGCCCCGCCUCCGCCCUCACAGCCGCAGCCGCCGGCGCAAACGCGGGUCCGAUGUCCGACGUAGCCGCGAAACACGUCCUGGCUGCUGUCACCAACAAAGCGCGCCAGCUCUUCAUACUCCUCGCAAAGCAGCAGCUCGAGGCGAUGGAGAUGUCCGCCGGGGAAGAUGCAUCCGACGCCGCCGCGGCAGCAGGCGGCGGCAGCGGAGGGGCGGGGGGAGGGAUGGCGGAGCUUGAGAAGAACGGCAUGCCGCGCGACUCGCUCUUCGAGCGCGCACGGAACGCGUUCCUCGCGAUGGACGAUACCGCGUUCCGUGCUCUCCUCGGCGAGUUCCGCGACCACGGGCUUGUCCGUGCGUCCGCGCCGCAGUCGGGCACGGCGGGCUCGGUGCUGUGGAUACCGAUGCGUGCGGAGCGACUGAGGAAGGUGUUGAGGGCGCUUGAGGAAGAAUGUGGAGGCCGUUGGAUUCGGGGCGAGGGCGGGGUUGUUGGAAUGCCGAGUUGUGUGGUGCUCAACGUCAACGGCGCUGUAUUCAUGUUUUACCUGCUGCCACUUCCCGCGGAAGUUCACGGAACUGCUGGAGUAUGUUUCAAGAUUAUCCUGAGCCAUCAGCAUGCAUUAUAG